AUGCAUCGAAACCAGCAUAAUCAUCGAAGCCUGGAGCCUUUCACCGUGAAUCCGGGACCAGAAACGGGGUUGUAUUACAUUUUAGUUGCCAACCUCGCUCAUCGGACAACAUGGAGAGACUUGAAGGCAUUCGCUUCCCAGGCUUGCGAGGUGGACCACGCCGAGGUCUACCCUCCCACCUCUGGCUUCGUUCGAUCGUGGGUGAUAGAAUACCUCGACGGCAACACGCUGGAGUAUCGCGCCCUCCAAGCGGAUGCCCGUAACAUGAAUCAAGCUACUGUCGUCAAGCUCAUGCCAACCGACUACCAUGCAAUGAGAAUUAUGCGAGGAGACAAUGGGAGGGUGGUUAGCGAACCUGGGGAUCCAGCUCCCGACGCUAGUGGAUCAUUCUCUCAGGGCGCAGGCACAGCGAUGGGAAGUCCCUACCUGAGUUAUCACGGGAACGGCAGUCCAUCUGCCGCCGGAGGGUACCAACCCGCCCCGGCCGCGCCUCUCACACCACCCAGCUCCCUGGCGUACCAACCAGUGGCUGUCUCAAACCAUGGACUCAUGCCGCAGGUAGCGGUGGGCCCCCAUCCUACAGCAUACCAUGCGAUAGCAAGCCCGGCACCUGCUCCUGCCCCAGCCAGGCCCAUUCAGUAUCAGUACAGCAACGCUGCUGGGUAUUAUCCAUCAGGAACGACUUACAGUGCGAGGGGGCCGGGCUACGCCGGAUUUGUCCAGCCGGCAGUGAAUAACAGUAGCCACGCGUAUUCGACCGGAGACGAUUGGCCCGCCGAUGCCAUACCGUCGCCGCCACAAGACCAAAUACCCAGCUACGACAACACCCGGCCGACCGUCGUCGUGGAGCAGCGUAAAAUCAUCAUCCGCGACCUGGAACGAGAGGGUCUCUCCGAAGCUGUCGUCACGAACCUCCUUGCCCAGCACGCGGGGGUUGGGGGCACGCCAGGCCAGAUCGAGAAGCUAGAGCUGCCGUUCAACAAGGACGGCAAGGCUAGGGGCACCGCAUACAUCACGUUCGGCACGACGGAGCUUGCCAGCGCGGCCGUGGCGGCCCUGGACGGGCGGAAGAUGGGCGCGAGGAGGUUAUCGGCGCGCUUGGUUGUUGAGGGCGUCUCACCGGAUGGAUUUGACAGCGGUCGUUCUGGUCGGCGGCAUACAGGGGGUGGCGGUGGUGGGAAGUUUGCUGGUCGGGGAUGGAAUUCGAAGGCAGAUGCCGGAAAGCCGCCGAGGGCGCCACAGUCGCAGCCGCAGUCGCAGGCUCAGAAUCAGUCUCAGGCUCGGGCUCAGUCUCAAACCCAGGCUCAAGCCCAGGCUCAAGCUCAGGCCCAAUUUCAGUUUCAGCCUUCACAAUCCACUGAUACGCUGCCGCAGCCUGCGUACUCAACCACCCCUACCACGGUGCCCGCGUUGCUGUCCGCGGCUGACGGCAACCAAACCAAGACGAAGGAGGAGCGGCCGGUUAUCGUGGACGGGAGCGGCGGGCGGUUCAAGAAAGCAUCGGCGCCCGUGGUGGUUGAUGGGAGCGCGGGCAAGAAGGGGGAUGGUGGGCGCCGGGGUUCUCGGCGUUGA